AUGAAUCCGGAUGCGUGUGAUCCGCUUGCUCACACGAGCAUGUACCAACGGGCGGAAGAAGAUAGUGACGAUAGUGACGGUGAGGGAGGUCUAGGCAAUGUGAGCCGUGUGAUCGUUCGACCUCCAGGACACAGUGGCAAAGCGAAACGUGGCCACCUAUGCUUUGAUGCAGCGUUCGAAACCGGUAAUCUUGGCCGGGUCGAUCUGGUCGGCGAGUUCGAGUAUGAUCUAUUUCUCCGUCCGGACACGUGCAAUCCACGCUACCGGUUUUGGUUCAACUUUACGGUCGACAAUGUAAAGCAGGACCAGCGGGUUAUAUUCAACAUUGUCAACAUGAACAAGAGUCGCAAUCUGUUUAAGGAUGGCAUGACACCGCUGGUCAAAUCUACCAGCCGUCCAAAAUGGCAACGAUUGCCACGGUGUGAGGUGUUCUACUACAAAUCGCCUGUCCAUCAGAAUCACUACGUGUUGAGCUUUGCGUUCGGGUUCGACAAGGAGGAUGAGGUGUACCAGUUUGCGCUUACCUUCCCCUAUUCGUACUCCAAGAUGCAGGCGUACCUGAACGCGGUAGAACUUAAAUUUCCGGAAACCUUCGAACGAUCAUCGUUGGGCAUGAGUAUCCAAAACCGCAAACUGGAACUGAUCACGUUCGAUGACGUAAAGAAACCGGACAAGAUGGAGCCGAAAAAUGUGAUCCAUAUGGUCGUUAUAUUGGCCCGUAUACACCCGGGGGAGUCGCCGGCAUCGUACGUCGUGCAAGGAUUGAUCGAAUUUCUGGCCGCCGCUAGUCAACCGAUCGCGAAAGCAUUGCGCGAACACGUGGUGUUCAAGAUCGUACCGAUGCUCAAUCCGGACGGGGUAUUUCUGGGGAAUAACCGAUGCAAUGUGAUUGGGCACGAUCUGAACCGAUCGUGGAAUAAACUGUCCCAGUACACGCACCCAACCCUAUCGGCUGUGAUGAAGAUGCUGAAGGAGUACGAUAAUUCAAGUUGUUACCAGGUGGACUUUGUGAUCGAUAUCCAUGCGCAUUCGAGCCUAACCGGAACGUUCAUCUACGGCAGCACGUACGACAACGUGUACCGGUACGAGCGUCAUCUAGUGUUUCCGAAGCUGUUCGCUACCAAGUGUGAGGACUUUUGCCAGGAGCACAUGAUGUUCAAUGCGGACGAUCGCAAGUCUGGCACGGCUCGGCGAUACUUUGUCGAGGCGCUCAGCGAUAACGUUAACACGUACACGCUGGAGGUGUCGAUGUGCGGGUAUUUUCUAAACGGUACCAACAUUCUUACCCAGUACACGGAAGAUGGAUACAUGCGUAUCGGACGAAAUCUGGCCCGUACUUUUCUCGAGUAUUAUCGAUUCACCAACAUUCUUCCCAUUCCUCCGGUCGAUGAGCUAAGGCCCCGGAAAGGUGGUCGCCCAAGGACACACCGGCCACGUGCUCGCUCCAAAACACGCAGCGAGGUACGCGUACGACCCAAAACGACCCGUGCCUAUGCACCGAUCAGCUACACCGAUCUGUCCAUCUGUUACGAUAGUGCCACCUCGGACGAUGGUUCCCCAGUGCGGUACAUGUACGGACACGGUAAUGCCGGUUACGGUGGGUUCCGGAUGCGCCCGCACGUCCAUCAGGAUCAGUUUUCACUGUCCAACAUACAGGCGGCUCGGUUCAGCAAUCUCGACUUUACCAGCGACUUCCGGCUGAAGGUACCGAAAGCGAAAGGUGGCGCUACCACGCAAGAAUCGAAAAUGCCACCGAUCGAGAUGCUAAAUGUGCCACCGAAACCACACCUCACGAUCAUUGACUUUAAUCAGCUGACGCGCGGUGGCCUAGAGGAAGCAACCUCCAGCGGUAAACCGAUCGAGCGCGAAAAGGAAAAGAUCCGUCGGCAUACGUUCAAAUCGUCGUCUUCAAGGAAAGCGUAA